UUACUGCGGAGUUUCACUUCCCGUCGAAGGCUUUACAGUCAAGAUGGAGGGCAAUAAGGAUGAGAGUGAACGGUGUAUUUCGAUCGCCGAAAAACAUAUAGCUGAUGGCGAAAAGGAAAAAGCGUUAAAAUUUUUAAACAAAGCAGAGAAACUAUAUCCAUCUGUGAAAGCUAGAGACCUUAUGGAGAAGCUGAGCAAAUUAAAUGGUAGCACUGCUGGUCGCAGACAAAGUGGUGAUGGUGCAGACAACAAUGUACACAAAGAUAAAGCUACCAAGAAUAACAAUCGUUCAGAGAAAGGUGGCUCAGGCCACCCUGGAAAGUCACCUGAUGAUUACACAGAGGAUCAGUUGAUAGCUGUGAAAAGAAUUAAAAAAUGUAAAGAUUAUUAUGAAAUCCUUGGUGUCUCAAAGGAUGCAACAGAUGUUGAUUUGAAAAAAGCAUACAGAAAAUUAGCAUUAAAAAUGCAUCCUGAUAAAAAUAAGGCUCCAGGUGCUACUGAAGCCUUUAAAGCUAUUGGAAAUGCAUUUUCUGUAUUAAGUGAUGCCGAUAAAAGGAAAAAGUAUGAUCUCUAUGGAGAGGAUAUUGUCCAUCACUCUCGGAAUUGUAGUAGGGACGAGCAAUUUGACUAUUCUCGGGGCUUCGAAGGUGAUAUAUCUGCAGAAGAAUUGUUCAAUAUGUUUUUUGGUGGAGGGUUUCCCACUGGUAAUGUUUAUGUUCACCGGAGAACACAACAUAAUGGACAGUAUCAGAGGGCUGCUCAGUCAGAAAAAUUCCGUACAAGGCAACACAAGUUUUUCGUUUACAAAUCUAACUUGUCCUCCUCUGCCACUCGAAGUGAAAAGAACAAGCAAGUUCCCUCUAACAAUGCUGCUGCAGGUAUUGGUAGAGCCUUCGUAUUACGUACACGGGCGAGUGGCUACAAUCUUCUUGUACAAUUGGCUCCUGUGUUGAUAUUAAUAUUCUUAUCCUUAAUGGGAAGUUUCCUUGUACCAGAUGCACCUUUCAGUUUACAUCGAUCACAGAAAUAUUCAAAUGAAAAGAAAACAAAUCAACUUAAAGUACAAUAUUUUGUGAAAGACGAUUUCCAUAUCGAUUCCAAUUAUGAUUUACGGAGAAUAGAGAGACAAGUAGAGGAUGAAUAUGUUUCAAAUCUACGUACCAGUUGUUUCAAAGAAAGAAGUUACAAAGAAACUUUGAUUUGGCGAGCAAAGAAUUAUGGUGAUUCAAAAUUAUAUAAGAAAGCUAUGAAUAUGGAAGUUCCUUCAUGUAAUCAUCUAAACAAUUUGUAUGGAGGCUGAAACCCCUGCAGUGUGCCUAUUUGGCCUAACCCACUAACUUUUUUUAAUCUGGCCAGUGUGAAGGAUAGUUAUAUAACUUUUGUUAAUGUUGUACAAAACUGGAACCUCUGGCAACAAACAUCCCACAUUAAUUAUGUAUAGACAUACGCUAUUAUUUAAAAAAAAAAAUAUAAAUAAAAAAAAUAAACAAAAACAAACCUAAAAGAAAUUUCAAAAAAAAAACAAACAAACACUCAUGUCAAAUCUGUUUUGACAUAAAAUCACUUUUUGCAACUAAUGUCCACUGUAAAUGAAGGAAGGCUGUAUUUCUGAAUAUGCUCUUUAUGAAGUCUGCUCAUGGCUCUGGGAAAUGUACUUUGAUUGUUUAGUAUUAAGCUAAGACUAUUUCAUCAGAGAAGACAAGCAAGUAAGGCAUGUCCAGCAUUGGGCUGGGCUCCCUCUUUCUCUCUCUCUCUCUCUCUCCUGCUUUCUCUUUUUCUCUCUCUCCUCUCUCCCUCUAUUUAUUUCAGUUGCUCCCUUAUUUCAUUUCUAUCAAUAACCAAAGAUGAUUUAAGAAUCAGGACAUAAUAGAUUACAUAUUCCAUCUUUAUUUUUUUUUCUUUUCACUUUUUUUUUUGUUAAUCUUUUAAUGUUCUUGAAAUUGUAUAAAUUAAACCAAAAGGUAAAAAUGGAAAUUAUUUACUUUUACUUCAACUAUAUAUAUAUAUAUAUAUAUCUUUCUCCCUUUUUCUUCUUUUUUUUUGGUGGGGUAGUGUUUAAAUAAGAUUAAAGAAUGCCAAAUUUAUAUUCUCUUCUAUACUGUUAAUCUCAUUUCAUUUAGGUGAAAGUCCUCAAGUCCAUGUUUUACAGCUCUUCAAGUGAUUUCUAUAACAUUUGAUUGUUUACUAUUAUCACGUUUUGUUGGAAGUCUUAAUGUAGACUAAAUUAUAUUUUCUUUUCCAAAAUAAAUUGUCAUUGUUUCCUAA